AAGCAGUUGAGCUUAUGGUAAUGUUGCUUUUGUGUUGUUUUUUGGUUGUGUAAAGGUUGUUAUUUUUUAACCAUGCUCUAAUUCCUUUUUAAUACCAUAUAUAAACAGAUGUCUUCAGAUGGAAUUGGUGGUGAUCCUUGUAAACAGAUUUCAGUUUCUGAAAAUGUUGAGGUUACGGAUCGUCGUCUUGUUUGUUUUGAGGUAUAUUUUUUUUUUUUGGUUGUUUUUUAGUUUCUUCAUACUUUUUGUGUUUAACACUGUCUAUUUUCUUUCAUUUUUGUGGAAAAAAUAUAUUAGAUGGGUGCAACAGGUCUCAAUGUUGAUUCUAACAUUGAACUUGAAGAUGACCCAAUUCCGUUGAAGAAACUCCUCUUGUUGACAAGAGGAAAUCUAAGAAACCCUUAGCGCUGACGUCUCCGUUUAUGGAGUAUGACUCUUCCAUUUCUAGUUCUAAAGAUGGUUCUGGUUAUGGAGUUGUUAAGUAUGUGGCUGGGUUGUGUCCUCUCGAUGAUAAGAUUGGUGAAGAUGUAGAACAUAAAGACGAGAUUGAUUUUGACUUGUGGCUUGGUGAAGGACGCCGAUCGAAGAAAGAUCCGCAUGAUAAGGAGAAGGUUUACUUGAAGGGUAAGGAUAAGAUUGUUCCCCCUUUUCGUUUUGGCGUGGAAGAUGUUGCAACCAAGAUGUGGUUCCACAAGCUUGCAUAUCCUGGCCAAUGUUUGACUAAUUCUCAUCUGGACAUCAUUUUUUACUAUCUACGUAAAAAAGGAAAGUAUGCAAAGGAGCCAAAGGUUAAGUUCACAACCACCGAUUGCUUAUUCUUCAAAACCAUUCAUGCUUUGUAUGAAAAAUUUAUUGCACAGAAAAAAAAUCUUUCUUUGAUAACCGCCUAA